AUGAUGGACAAAUCGGUUAAAGUUUAUGUAAUGCAGACCAUUCUCUUUGGUGCCAUUUUAGUCGGACGCCAUGGCCUCAAUCUCAGGCCUGAAUGGUCAACGGCUGUGGCCCGUUACGUGAUCUAUAUGUUGAUACUGAAGGGCUCCAAAGGGUUGUGCUCACUCGCCUACACUGCGAUACGAUCCAAUCAGCCGCCAAGCCUUCGAACAGUAAUAAACAACAGAAACUCUCUCAUUCUCUUUGCUGCGUCCCUCCUGGUCGUGCUGUACAGUGAGCAGAAACUUCUAGAAGAGGACUUCAUCCUGUGGGUCAUAGCGUACCUGAUAAAGAAGUAUUCAGAACUGGAACAGGUAGCGGCCAUCAUCCCCUACGGCGUCGGCAUGGCGUGCAACUACUUUGAGGGUUACUUGGCGCUGGUGAUCCCCAGCGAUGGUGCCAGUUUCGUAGGUUUCGACGACAACGUGGAGAGGUACGCGGCGAAACAGGGCGUUGUGUUCCCCGUGAAGAAGCUGUUCAUCAUAAUCACCAAGUCCCUGCACUGCCCGCCCGACUUGAAACACUUCAAUAAGAGGAACAGAGAAGACCUGCCCUAUUUGGAGGCCUGUCGCUCACCGGCACCUAGUAGAGCCAGGCUCGAAUUGGUGGCG